AUGGCAAAGACAAAGCCAGCAGCUUCUCCCAAGGAGGACAACACAGCCGCCUCAGGCCGCGGAUCUCGCGGGGCCGCUGGAGGUGUUAGCAAGCCUGAGGGAACCCCGGCGCGUGGCCGUGGACGUCCUCGAAAGGACGGCACCUCAGGCCCGCCCAAGCCCAAGCCCGCAUACGUGCCCACUGGACGCCCCCGCGGUCGCCCCAAGGGAAGCGGAAAGCCGGGUGCUGCCGCCAAGCGCGCUGCCAAAGCAGCUGCUAAGCCAGCAACCCCCAAGGUGGGUGGGCGUACCCGCGGCCGACCUCGCAAGUCGGACGCAGACGCUGGCGCCGCCACAACCCCCAAGUCCGCGGCCAAGAAGGGGAGGAGAGCAUCCAAGGCAGCUGAGGAAGAGGAAGAGGAAGAGGAAGAGGCCGACGACAAGGCUGAUGAGAAGGAUGCCGACGAGGAGCAUGAGGAAGAGGACGAAGCAAACAAGCAGAUCGAAGAUGAGGCCAAUGAUGAUGCUGAUGAAAACAGCGAGUAA